AUGACGUGUAAUAAAACCACUACUAAAAUUUUGAUUGGGACUACGGGUAGCGUUGCAAGUAUUAAACUGCCAGUACUUGUAAAAUCUUUAUUGGAGUUUGAAAAUGUAGAAUUAAAAAUCAUUUCUACUGAUAGAGCUUUACAUUUUUUUGAUAAAGAAGCAAUAAAGAAAGAUUAUGGAAUACAAGUCAUAACAGAUGAAGACGAAUGGAAGUAUCGAAAUUGGGCAGAUGUUUUUUUAAUUGCACCAUUGGAUGCUAAUACACUUGCAAAAAUAGCAAAUGGGUUAUGCGAUAAUUUACUUACUUGUAUAUUAAGGGCAUGGGAAUUGGGAAAACCGGUGAUAGUAUGUCCAGCAAUGAAUACUCAUAUGUGGAAUAAUCAAUUUACUGCACAGCAUUUAUCGAUUCUAAAGAAACAAUUAAAUUUUGACAUUAUUCAACCAAUUAGUAAAACUUUGGCUUGUGGAGACACAGGAAGACGUGGAAUGCUAAACAGAUAUUUAAUUAGUCCUUACAUAAAAACGCCAACAUUAAAUUUAUUUGAAACUUUCAAACAAAAUAAAAAAAUUUUUAAACAAAAAAUUUUUUAUUCUCAAUUUUCGGCAUUAUCUUCCAAUGGAGAAGUUCCAAUAAGAACGCAUACUUGUGGUGAGUUGCGAAUUGUUAAUGUUGGACAGCAUGUUGUGUUAAAUGGGUGGGCUCAGAAAAUCCAAAACGAGAACUUGUCUAAUAAUAAAAAACCCGAUUUGCUUGAAAAAUUAUCCAACUUAUCCAUCGAAAGCGUUAUUUCUAUACAAGGCAUGGUUAUGGGGCGACCUAAAGAAACUAUAAAUAAAAAUAUGGAAACUGGAGAAAUUGAAGUGGAAAUUAAUGAAUUAGUUUGCUUAAAUCCUGCAAUCAAAUUACCAUUUUUUGUUUCAGAUAAAUCGCCUAAUGAAGAAGUCAGAUUCAAACAUAGAUUCGUUGAUUUAAGAAGUGAACUUCUCCAGAAAAAUCUUCGUAAACGCUCUUUAACAUCAUCAAUUAUUCGUGACUUUCUUAAAAGUGAAGGAUUUCUCGAGGUAGAAACACCUAUAUUAUUUAAAUCAACUCCAGAAGGUGCACGAGAAUUUAUUGUACCAACAAGAACAAAAGGGUCAUUUUACGCUUUAACACAAAGCCCACAACAAUACAAACAAUUACUUAUGGCAGGAGGAAUUGACAAAUAUUUUCAAUUUGCAAAAUGUUUUCGUGAUGAGGAUUUAAGAACUGAUCGUCAACCAGAAUUUACUCAAAUUGAUUUGGAAAUAUCAUUCAUUUCAAUGUCUGGUAUCAAAUCACUAAUCGAGAAAUUGUUGGUUAAAAUAUGGAAGGAUGCUUUAAACAUUGAUUUAAAUCCAUUUCCUACGAUUUCUUAUGAAAAAGCUAUGUCUAAGUAUGGUUCUGAUAAGCCAGAUACACGAUAUGAAAUGGAGAUUAAAAAUAUAUCACAAUAUUUAUCUGAUAUUUUGGAAAAUUCUUCAGAAAUUAUUGAAUGCCUUGUCAUUAAAAAGAGUGAUAAUUCCAUUCUAAGUCAAAUCAAACACCUAAUUUCAUCUCAUAAUGAUCCAGAAAUUAAGUUGUCAAGUGAUAACAUUGAUCUACUCAAAAUUACACCAAAAAAUAUAGAUUCAUGGUUAUCUAAAUCAAAAAUUAUACAAAAGUCAUCUUUAAUAAAAUCAUCUCAAGACAUAUUAACAAAUGUAUUAAAUGUCGAAGUUGGUGAUUUGAUUGUCUUAAAUAUAAGAAACAAAUUUUCUUCAGGAAGUUGGACACCUUUAGGUCGUAUUCGGGUUAUAGCAGCAAAACUUUUACAAUCAAAAGGAUUAAUGAAAAUUGACAGUUCACAAUAUAACUUUUUAUGGGUUGAUUCAUUCCCAUUAUUUACCGAUGGUGAUGAUACUGGACGUUUAAUAUCGAAUCAUCAUCCAUUCACUGCACUAAUGCCAGAAGAUAUCGAUUUACUUGAUAAAAAUCCUGAAAAAGUUCGUGGCCAGCAUUAUGAUUUGGUGUUGAAUGGUGUUGAAAUAGGUGGUGGUUCUAUUCGUAUACACUCUCCAAUUUUACAAGAUAAAAUAUUUAAUGAUAUUUUAAAGUUAAAUCAAGAGGAAAAAGAAAGUUUUAGUCAUUUAAUAGCUGCUUUGGGAUCUGGGUGUCCGCCGCAUGGUGGUAUUGCAUUAGGAUUUGACCGUCUCAUGGCAAUUAUUUGUAAUACCGACUCUAUUAGGAAUGUCAUGGCAUUUCCAAAAACUACAUCUGGAAACGACUUGACUGUAUCAAAUGAUAAUAUUAAUGAAUGGUUUACCACUACAACUAGUUUUUUGUUGAUAAAAAUUUUCUAA